AUGGCUUCCGCCGCCAUAGCGGAGGCGUCGGAGGUCGAUGGGGAGGCGGGAUGGCCGCCGGCGGCAGCGGCGGUGGCGGUGGAGAGUCUGCUCCCGCAGCUCCCCGACGACUUGGCCAUCCAGUGCAUCGCCAGAGUGCCACGCUUCUUCUACCCGCGGCUCGCCCUCGUGUCCCGCGCCUGGUGCGCCGUCAUCCGCUCGCCGGAUCUCUUCGCCUCUCGGGUAUCCGCUGGCGCCUCCCGGUCCUUCCUCUUCGUCGACGUCAGAACCUCCUCGGAGGUGUCCAGGUGGUAUCUCAUCGAUCUGCAAAGCGGCAACCCCCGUCCUCUCGUCCCCCUUCCUCCUCCCCCGAUUCAAGCCGCCGGAUCCGCCUGCGCCGCCCUGGGACCUCUCCUGUUCGUCCUCGGAGGCUCCGUCGAGGGCGUCGCCACCGCGGCCGUCCAGAUCUUCGACGCGCGCUUCAAUCAGUGGCACCUCGGCCCCCGCAUGCGCGCCGCCCGCGAGUUCGCCGCCGCGGGGGCCGUCGGCGGCCGGAUGUUCGUCGUCGGGGGCUGCCUCCCCUCCUGCGACCACUGGGCGGAGGUCCUCGAGGUCCAGGCCGGCCGCUGGGCCCCCGUGGCGAGCCCGAUCGGCGUCCGGGAGAAGUGGAUGCACGGCAGCGUGGUGCUCGAGGGGAAGCUCCUGGCGGUGGCGGAUCGCGGCGGCCUGCUGUUCGAUCCGGCGGCGGGGACGUGGGGCCCGGUUUCCACAGUCCUGGACAUUGGGUGGAAGGGGCGCGCCGCAGUGGUGGACGGGAUAAUCUACUCCUACGAUUUUUUGGGGAAGGUCAAAGGGUUUGAUCCUGCGGGCGACAAGUGGAGGGAGGUGGAAGGACUGAACGAAGACCUGCCCAAGUUCCUCUCAGGGGCAACGCUGGCGGACCUCGGGGGCUUCCUCUGCGUGUUGUGGGAGGGGAAGAGGAUGAACAGAAGGAAGGGCAUGGAGAUCAUGUGCGCAGCGAUCAAGGUGGACAAGGCGGACGCUGGGAGGCUGAGGGGGGAGAUCGUUUGGAUGGAGUCCAUCAGCUUUGGGGUAUCCAAGGGUUCCACCCUGUCACAUUGCUUGCCCGUGGAAGUAUGA